AUGGACAAUCAACAGCAUUUGCCACAGGAAAUCGGAUCAGUGGAUGGUGAAGAAGUUGUAUUUGGCCAGUGUGAACAGUAUAUUGAAUAUGACAGUGCUAUAAGUUUGUCUCAAGAGCGGAAUUUAUUAUUUGAAUUAUAUCAGCCUGAGGAAACUGAAAGCGGCACGUUUCUUUGCAAAAUAUGCAUGCGAACCGGAAGUGAGGUCGAGUUCAAUGAUCGGAGCUCGUUUUCUGCCCACAGAUACAAAUGCCAUGGAUCUUUUAAUAAUAAUAUCAUGUGUCCCGUAUCAAAUUGCCGUGAAGUUUUUGCAUCUUUAGCAGUUAUGAGAAAGCAUUUAAUUAAUCAGCAUCAUUUACCUCUUGAAGUCCAUCAACAAACAUUCUCCAAUAUUGGAGAAUUCGAAAAGUUUCGCCAUUUGGUUGAAGCUUCGUCGGGUUGUCGGUUUAUGAUGCAUACGAAGCAGCCGAAAUUGAAACGACAAGUUAUGCAUUGUUCUAAAAGCGAACACAAACUUGUAAUUCAAAGCAACAAGCACAAAUUGCCGCGAGUUCGAAUGGAGAAGGAAGGAGCAUGCUGCCCGGCGCAUAUAUCAUUCCGAAUCGAUGCAAAAUCAGGGGAAGUUCAUUGUUUCUCGCAGCUAUAUCAUAUUGGUCAUGCUCCUAGUGAUCCCGAAAACCUGACAUCGACUGAAAUAGACAUGAGACCCAUUGAAGUGCAUUUUCCAGAAAGACCUAAUUUCUACGGAGAUAGGCCAAUACAAUUUCUUCAGAUUGACGUAUUUGAUAUGCAUUCAGCGAUUUACGGAGCCGCCGUUUAUGAGCAUGUACUUCUAAUCAGCGAUUUAAAGACGGGAUUUGUCUGGGCCCGAGCUUUAACAGAGUGCUCGCGAGCCAUUAUAACAAGAGUAUUGACCGCCAUUUUUGCCGAAUAUGGAAUUCCUGAAGGAUUCUCGACGACCUACGCUCCGACGCUUGUUCGAGAUUCCAUGAAAGCAAUCGAGAAUGUGUUUAACAACGAAAUUCGAGAGAUUUGGAAUGAGCCAUUCAGCUAUGAAGAUUUUCAACAUUGGCUGCUUGACAAAGCUGAUGAAGAGCUUGGAAGCACCAACCGAUGGGUUGAGGUGCUCCAGUUCGUAGUAAUGGAGCACAAUCAGAAAGCGGAACCCGGAACAAGAAGUAGCUUUGAGAGAAUGUUUAAACGAAAACCGCCAAAAUUGUAUGAAAUUGACAAUGGCGAUAAAAACGAAAAAUCGAAGGAGGACGAUGAAAAAGCGAAAGAAAAUGAGCCGAACAGCGAAGACGAGGAGCCGACAUCAAUUCCGGCUCAAUAUUCGGCAGGCGAACGUGUUUUCUUAAAGCGAAACAUCCAGAAGCCUGGUCGGGGCAACACUCUUCCAUUCUUAUAUGGUUAUAUUGCUGAUGUUGAUCAAAACUUUCCGCAUUUCCCUUAUAAAGUGCAUUAUUCAAGAAAUGAGAGUCCAUGGCCAAGCGAGGUCAACAUUUAUGCGUGGGUCUCCCCCUAUGAUGUUAUUCCGACGACUCAUAAGCUUUUAGAGCUCAGCGAAAACGACGCGGAACGUCGCAAACACUACGAGAAAUUGAUUUGUGUGUGUAGCGGCGAAAGUCGAAUGAAAUGGAAUAUGGAAUCAAUGGGCAAUAUGGAGAAAUGCCCAUUCCCUUGUCCACUGUAUCGCAAUGAAUUGUGCACAAAUCGUAUGUCGAGGGCGUGCUGCAAAGCGGAAGGCACUCUUCGUUGCCAUUACCAUGAGAUAUACCCGGAACAGGAAGACUCGUACACCAAGCUCGAACUUGCACUAGUGACGUAUAACAAGAUCAUGAAAGAGCAAGAGCAACAGGCGGCGAUGCAGCAAGGAAUGCACGACGUGAAUUUCGAGUAUGAGAAAUCGGAUUAUAUCGAAGAGCAGCCGUCAACGUCGGAUGAUCCUACGAAGAAGGAUGAGAUGGAAUUGAUUGAAGAGCAAGAGUCGACGGUGGUGAAGUCGCAGCAACAUCAGCAGAGGGUCUCCAAGAAGGCGAAUUCGCAAGAACCUCAAAAGAGAUUCGACGCUGAAACGUCUGGAAAUUUCCAAAAAAGGAAGAGGAAACGAUCUGAAGCAGUCUCGCCGACGCCUUCUGUGGAUUCGUCUCGCCGACAAUCUGGACGACGAACGAUUCGACCAAAAGUUUAUGAUGAUUAUACGAUCCUUCGCAUUUUGUCGCUCAUCCAUUUGGCGUUCGUCGUCGCCAAUCUUUUCAUUGUCGAUCCCAAAUAUUUACCGCCGUUGUAUGCUGUUUAUUCUAUUGGGAUAAUUUGCUUCUUCACAUUGUUAAUUUAUUCAUUCACCCGCUAUCGACUAUGGUAUUUUUGUGUAACUCUUGCCCUGCAGAUUCUUUAUAUUAUUGGUGCCGGUUAUUUCGCAGCAAUAUCAUUAAUGGGAUAUUUCACAAUUCAAAUGGGACUGCUUAGUAUUGUUUUCGCGACGAAUACCGCCGUCAUCAUCACCGACGUGAUCAUCAUUAUCGUUAUAAUCAAUAUUCGUUCGGAGCAUAUCGAAAUUCAACAAGUGAUCCCAAAAAUGCGUCAGCGAAGCGACGUCGAAAGUCAACGUCCGAGUUUUGUGAAUCUGAAAUAUUGA